AUGGACUCUACAGAUGAAUACAUGCAGUCAUCUGCUCCCAGAGCUGCCGACAUCGGGCAUUCGCCGCUGUUGCCGCAGCCCUCCCAGGGCAGCCGUCGCCAGGGUCAGCGCGUGCUGGCUACCGUAUACGACGCUGUUGCAGGAAGGGUCACCUAUGAUGGAGUGUUGCGAGAUGAGGGCCAGGACCAGAGGAACUUUCGGCCUGGGAUCGUCGACCAACGAUCGGCCCGAGACGGCUUCAAGCUUGCUCCAGAUGAUGUCUUGUUUCGCCGCAAGGACGCUCCGGAACGCUAUGCAGAGCAUGACAUCUACCGCGCGCACGACUGGGAGCUGCCCAACGGUGGGCAGGGCGUCUUGCCACAGAGCGAUCUUCUCAAGGCCAUUCACGAAUAUUCAUCCGAAUUUUAUGGAGCCCUGAAUCGCAACCAACGAGUGUUCGAGAAUGGACGUAAUUUGGACGAGCGUAGCAUGGAUGAGACGGCGCUGUUGGCACUGGGUAUCCUGCUGGAGGAGGCGGGGCGAGAGGUUCUAGGUCGACGAGGGCAUCUUGUCUUCACUGAGGGCAGCACCCAGGAUAAUUAUGACGACGGCAGCGGUGAGCAGGAAUGGCAAGGAGGCAAUGCGGCGCAGGACUCUGGCGGUGAUUCUGUGGUGGGCCAUGAAGACUCCAGGCCCCGACACCCGGGGCGGAAACGAAGAAAGCUUGCGAAAGCAGAUGACGAUUGA